GAUUAAAUUUGGAUAAUGAAGAUUCGGAGGCUGAAGGUGUACGUGAAGGCAGCAUUGAAUGACCGCCCCCGCUGCCGCCGCCGAACAGGAGCAGUGAAGGAACAGCCCCACAGACUGCUGGCUAAACUUUGUCCCCUCUGGUUUCUCUCACCGAGCCGACACCUCUUUGUUUCUGUCGGGGUCAAGCACCGCCGCUUUCCCGAAGGCUUCACACCGAAACCACAGGCGUUAGAGACGGCCAGGCGCGCUGGUGACAGCUCCGAUAAUUUGCUGAGAUCCACAAAAGAGGAAGGGAGGGAGAAGAAGGAAGGUGGGACUGAACAGAGCUUGGAGAAGUUGACACUUCGUUGUUAUGUUGGGUACUUGUUGAAUAAGCUGCGUGUACACACAUAUACGACACGGCGGCCUUCGUGGGCAGCGAGCUGGAAGCUGGGUCUUCUAAAACACCAUGAAGGAGUGAAAGUGGGGGCAGAGAUGGCAGAGCUGGAGAUCGACCAGUCCAACCUUCCACGUGUCCAAGAAGUUUGCCAGAACUUUGCUGUGCUUGAGGAUGGAGUGUUGGCACACAGCCUGCAAGAGCAGGAGAUUGAGCAAUACUACACCACCAAUAUCCAGAAGAACCAACUGGUGCAAAAUGACAUCCGGGUAGCCCGGAGGCUGCAGCAAGAGGAGGAGCAGCAGCGGGCUCAGCAGAGCGCCCUGCUCAGACAGGUUUCCAGACAAAUGGAGGAGCAGGACUUUGAAUACGCCCGGGUGAUUCAAGAAGAGAUCCAGCGACGCUCUGAGGAGGUACACAGGAGGGAGCAGGACGAUGAGGAAAUAGCUAAACAGCUGCAGGAAGAGGAGGAGCAGCAGGUCAGGAGGAGGAGUCAAGACCAGGCGGAUUUUCAUGAAGGUAGCACCAGUGAUCCUGCGCUGCCGUCCUCUCACCACCACACAUUCAGCAGCCCUCACCGAGGACAGCAGCAGUACUCGCCUGUCACCAGCAGGUGGCAGCAUUCUACCACUCAUUGUGGUUCAGUGUUAACUGGGCCUCAGACUAGUUCUCCCAGGAGAGCAGCAUCUCAGAGCAGCACAACUUCAUGGUCAAAUCAAGGGCAUGUAGAUACCAGCAGGCAAAGAAGGCCUGAGCUCAGAGAGCCUGUGAAUGAGGAUUCAGAAGACUCGGACACUGUUUUUACUGAACAGCUCUCUCUUUGGGCCCGGCGACUGUAUGACAGAGCAAAUACUGCACCUCGUCAACAACAGACUUCUUUAAGACCCCCGCAAGAGAGGAAUUACAGAAGUCUGUGCACUCGCAGCAGCUUCGCAAAGGACUUAACAGGCAGAAAGGAGGAGAGCGAAAACUUUGAGGAAGACUAUUACGAAAAUGAUAACGUGCAAUCCAGGAUAUCUAGGAAUGUGGAAUAUGACAGCGAUGAACAUGAAGGCAGGACUCAGGAAGCAGAUAGUAGGCCAGCCGAGGCCUGCGAAAGGCGAUGUCGCCGCAGCGAAUCGGUGAGCGUACACAACCGAAGCAGACACAGAAACAGAGACCUGGCAAGAACCUGGAGCUGCAAGGAGAACCCCGAUAAACACGUCCGCUUUCAGGAUGAUCCGAGAGAACCGAUUAGGCAGCAGAAUGACAGCCUGAAGGUGUGGGAGAUGCUCGGCCACAUUCUGCAGGAGAGAGGUGUGCCUGUGAAGGUUGGUGGCAGUGGGGCGCCGCUGCAGAUAAGGCCUCAAAGCAGAGACAGCCAGGUGCUUUAUGGGAGUGAGGUCUCCUAUGGUGACUCCCAACCACAUCAGAGAGCCUUCCAACGAGCCGCCGCCACUAGGCACAGUUUCCAUGGAGAUAUCAGGCAGAGGAGGAGAUUGUCACGCGGAGAAAGCUUUGGGAGAGAUCACAGAGCAGACCAAGACAGGCGUAAUUAUAACAGAGAGGUUUGUGACCGCAAUAGUGGAGAGCCUCAUAUCUUUGACAGAGGCACAAGUUGGAGCGAACACAAAUACGUAAACAUUGAGAAUAACAGAGAGAGAAAAGCGAAUCAUACCAGAGUAAAGAGGGUGACGAGCGAACGCAGGCAUUGGCACAAGAUCACAGAAGAAACGUUGAGCUCAGAUGAGGAGCAGGAGGCGGAGAGAAGAGCAGAGCGUCCAAGGCGACGAGCGCUACAUCGUAGCCAAAGCUUCAGCAGCAGCAGGGGUUCGACCAGACACAGGUCGAGGCACAUAGCAGCAGGGGCUUCUCUGCAACCAGAGCCAAGCGAGGCAGGCCUGGAUCUGGGAGACUUGAAUCAGGUCCUACAAGAUGAAGAACUGGCCCGCAAGCUUCAGGAGGAAGAAGAUAAGCAGCUAAGGAGGACAUCUUUACGCAAUUCCUAUCCAGAGGGGGACUUCAGGGUAGCUCAGGUUGCACAAGAUGAGGAAAUUGCACGUUUUAUGCAGAAGCAGGAAAUUAAGGCAAAGCGAAGAUCUCGUGAACUGGAAGGGCCAGGAUCUUGGCAUGAACACAGAGCGAUGAUCAAUCACCACGACAGGCGAGCCGCAAGAGAAAGACAGGUGUAUCGAGAAAGACUCGACUCGGAGGGUCUCCCCUCCCCGACUGAAGACUGCUCACCAGAGAACCAGCCACCCAGCCCUGUUCACGCCAUACCAAAAGCCCAGCAGAUGAGAAACAUAGCAGAGGAGCUGGACCCGACCUUCCAGGGGCGAGUGCACGUCCCAGAGAGCUUCCAAGCAGGGCAAAGUGGUCAAACCAGUGAGGCGCUCCCCACAGCCCAAUCCGGCUUACAAGACCUAACCCUGGAGGAGCCGACGUUCAUACCACCGACAAAACGACAGGCGGAUAAAUCUGGACGGAGUAAACCCAAAGAGAAAAGGGAAGGAUGCAAGCAACAAUAAAUUUAAACAGAUUGUGCUGAUGGGAAAUGGGGUUUUUUAUAAGAUCAUUUUAAUCUAACAAAGGGUUCUCAUUGUUUAUUGCUUUAUCAUCAAAAACUGAAAGAAAAACAAAGACAAGCACUUUAGAUUAGUAAAGCAAGGACGCAUUAUUAUUGGACACUAGAACCAAAAGGGAAAUGUUUAAUUUGUUGAAGUACUUUUUAAAAUGUGUAUAUUUAGUGUUUAAUUUAACAAUAAUAGCAUUAUUAUUUGCUUUUUUAUAAGUAGCCAAAUGUUGUGACCACUCUACCCUUUCGGUUUUUAUAUGAGCUGAAGUCAGAGCGCCUGACAUUAAUUAUUUCAGAUACAAUUCGUUUGAAGUUUCCUGGCAGGGAUUUGGAUAAAAGCCCCAAACGACACCUUUCAGUUUGGUUUAACCACAAACUAUUUACUCCAAAGCCAAAAGGGAAGAGAGAUUGUGUUGAUGGCACGUGAAAUGGUUUUUAAUCACCUGCACUUGCAUGUGUGCUCCCUUUGUGUUUGUUUUCAAGUGUUAUUGUUUACAGCUGUACAGUGACAAUCAAAUGAACUAACCUGAGAAUGAAAACUGAUAAAAACAUUAGAAGUUUUUUUUAAAUUCAUUUCUGAAAGAAGUAUUCAUACCUCUUUAAGUUUUUCUUUUUUACAUUUUGUCACGUUUAAACCACAAAGCAGUGUAUUUUAUUGGCUUUUCAUGACAGAUAAACACGGAGUUGUCUGUUUUAAAAAGGCUUUACAAGUAAAAAUCUACAUUAUGUAAUGUCUACGCUUACAAAUGAACAACUGCUUGUUGCACAAAUGCCACACUUUUCAGAUUUGUACACAAAAUUAUCCCUUUACUUCACAUUUCCAGAUACAAAGGAGCAGAUGACAGUCAGAGUUGCUACUUUGUGUUGGGCUUUCACAUAAAAUCCCCCAACGUCUUCUCAUGUUUGGGGUUGUAACAUGAGGAAUGUGGAAAACAUACGGAGUAUAGAUGCUUUUACAAAACAAAACAGUCUUUUUAACAGGAUGAGCUACACUCCCAGGUCCAACACUAAAACCUCCUACAAUCAUGUUGAUCUUUCUGCUACAUUUUUUUAUUCGGUGAACUGUGACACCAAAGAUCUGGUUGUUUUAUGUGGGAAAUUACCUCAUACCAGGCACUAAUAUACAUUCUAAUGAUUAAAAACUUUGGGAUUUUUUUUUUUUGUUCCUGUUGUUUGAUCUGAAAUGACUUCUUUGUGCUUUACUUCCUCCUCUUUUUUUCCUUAUAUAUGCACUUGCAUAUAUAAGGAAUUCUCCAGCAAUUCUCCUAUUGCUGGAGAAUAGUCUGUUUUUAUUUCCAGCUGUUCUGUAUAAAAGCACAACAAAUAAAAAAAUAUAUAUAUCAUUUA